AGUCGCCAUAAAGGGUCAUUGCUUGCGCAAGACACCGGGUAAGCAUUCUACACGCUUGGAUUUCUACUAAGAAGCUCGAUACAGUGCUUGAGGUCCAUGGUUUCUCAGCCAUCUGUUCUUUGCGUACCGUUAAUUCCCCUAUGGUGAGACUGUUUUUGUUUCGUCUGGGAUCACUGUUAGGCCUGUUUGGUUUGCUGGUUUGGGAAGUGCUUCAUAGACAAAACGAAUAUAACUUCGCAGAAAAUAACAACUUCAGACACCAUGAUGUUUACAGUUUUCGAGAAAGUAAUUGGAAGAGCACUGACGAGACUCAAGAGUUGCGAAAAAAGCACCUUAUUGACUAUUGUCACAAGCGAGACCCAAAAAAACUUCUCCCUCCACAUUCAAGCAACGAAAUCCCCGCGUACUUUUUUAGAAACAUCAUUGUGGAUGAUUACCACAAACUGCUCUAUUGUUACAUUCCCAAAGUGGCCUGCUCCAACUGGAAACGAGUUCUAAUGGUUAUGAAUGGUGACGCUGCUGACCCAUGGAGUAUUAAGACCGCAGACGUGCACAAUCGCAGUUUGGGAUAUUUUCGAUAUUUGAACCAAUAUUCUGCGGAGGAGAUUGUUCACAGACUCAGCACUUACUACAAGUUUCUAUUCGUUCGACACCCUUUUGAGCGACUUGUUUCAGCUUAUAGAAACAAGUUCAUAGACUCGUACAAUUUGACGCUCUUCAAAGAGAUGUAUGGCAGGCAUAUUAUACGAAAAUAUCGGCAUAAUCCCGAUACGAGAUCUCUUAAAACGGGAGAAGGUGUAAGCUUUGCAGAAUUUGUUGAAUUUAUUAAUAAUUCUGAGCCUGAGUUUAUGGAUUGGCAUUGGAAACUGUAUGACAUGCUGUGCCAUCCAUGUUUAAUUUACUACGACUUUAUAGGAAAGUUUGAAAAUUUAUAUAAUGACGCUGACCAGCUAUUGAACAUUCUCCGGACGAAUGAUAAAGUACAAUUUCCACAUAAUAAGACUUCUAGGUACAAGUUACCCACAAAACUUCUGGCAAAGGAGUAUUUCAAGUCACUUCCCGAGCAGGCUAAAGGCAAAUUGUAUAACAAGUACAAGCAUGAUUUUGAGAUGUUUGGCUAUUCGAUGGAAGACUACCCUUGAGUCUGAAUAUUGUAAUUUUUUCGUUUGAAAACGUUGGCCAUGUGCCUGCACGUUGUUCUGGUCAAGUGAUACAGCUGGAGAAUCAGCGCGAUGGUGUAAUGCUGUCGUGACCUGUCACGUGAAGAUCAUUUGUUGAUCACGUGAGUAAUGAACAAUUCUGCGACGCCAUGUCAAAGACGUGAAGUUAACAAUGGCUGCUCUGAGAAUCUAGUUUAGCUUCAGACGAUUAGGUGGAGUUCAGUUAAUAGUCAACUACUCAGACGACAUAUUAUGCCUGCAUUACAAGAUCAACGCCAAUCGCCGCGGAAGUCUUACAAAAAGUGACAGCAACUACGCUUUCUCCUCUUGGAAAAAACUGAUUAAGUUAAAGAUUUCUACGAAAGGUCAAGUCAGCACUCAAGUCAGAAGUCAAGUCAAAAUUCGUGUCAAAACUCAAGUCAAAGGUUUGUACACUGUGACCAUGCAAAAACUGACAGCGUGCCGUGUAAACGACUGACAAAGAUAAUGUUUGAACAAGCUAAAAAAUGGCUGAAAGAAGCCACAGAUACGCAUGAUAUACCAACGACAGUAUCAUUUGAACAACAACAGGUGGAUCAUUUAAAGACAUUCAUGAUGAUGUGGCUAAAGGUAAAAUCAAGAUUUGUCUACACGAAAAGACAACAGGACAAACAGGACAAACAGGACAAACAGGACGAACUUGAUUUCAAACAGGAUAGACCAGAUAACAAACACGUUGUAAAACCUGCUGCCUUUUAAGAUGAUACAGACCCGCAAGGUAAUCCUUGAGAUCAUCAAAAUUACGCGGAACACAAACGUAGUGUAUCAGAUGGCAAACGAACUAACUAAGAAAAACUACAAAAGGGAUAAACUUGAUAGGAAUACGAGAGGCUAACGAUCGGAAUGAAAUUAAGAUCGUCGCUGUUAUCGCAUUUAUCGGUCAUUACAUUAAGAAUGUCACGGUCGGAUUGAUGAACGAGCAACUGAUUGUCUGACUAACAGGCCGGGCUGGCAGUGAAACUGAAUGGCUUAUUGACCUGUUGACUGACCGGCUGUAUGACAGACCGACUGACUAAGCAAAUGCCUGAACGACCGAUUACGAAUCACUGACGAAUAACUCCCGAUGGUCUGUGUAUUGUCCUCAUAAUGUUCAAACUGACUGAAUGAAAAACUGAACUAUGACUGACUGAUCACUGACUUAGCGACCAUGUAUAAGACUAACUGACUGACUGACUUAAUGAAAACCGCCCGACUGACUUAUCCACGAACUGCCGACCAAAGCCAAGACUGAGUGGAUGACUGACUUAAAAAUAGCUGAUCAACUGACUGACGAAUUACAAAUUUACUUUGCUACUAACUGAGUGACUGACUAAUUACUGAAUGUCUAACUGAUGGACUAUCCGUCUGACUGACUGACUGACGGAACGACUGUUUGAAUGGAUAACUGACUGACUGAUCGCCUGACACAAGGUCUGAUUGGUGUGACUGUCACACUGAGAUACUGAGAUACCAAUUGAAGGCUGAACGUUCACUAAUUUAACUGAGUUUAGUUGUGACCAACCGACUGAAUGAAUAAAUAACAGAAAAUGGCUAAUGAAAUGGCUCAAAUCUUACAGAAUGACUUUCUGAGCUACUGACAUACCAAUUCACCUACAUCCCGAUAAAUUCAACUACAGACUGAUAGACUCAUUAGCAGACUGAUUGACUGACUGACUGACUGCCCGACCUGUUAAACAAGUGACUAACACAUAAGUCGCUGACUGGGUUACUUGAUAACUUUCAGGUGCCUUAAACUGCUCAAAUCUAAUGGCUGACACAUGAUUUAGCAUUAAUGAUAAGUUGAGGGACUGACUGAAUUACUUGCUGACUUACCCAUUGACUAACUGGCUGGUUGACUGACUGACUGUCUGAAUUAUAGACUGACUGAUCGGCUGAUUGACUGACGUAUUGGCUGACUAAAAAAUGACGGUGACUAAUUGACUGACCGAGAAAAUGACUGACUGUUCUACUAAACUGACACUCUACGGUAAACUUGCUGACAGAUUGACAUGUAAGCUGCAAGAUAUCUCAAAUUACCUAAGUUGAAUGACUAGCUCUUGGAUUGGUAACAGUGAUGCGGUUAUAAACAGACUGUCUGACCAACAGGCCGACUGAUUGACUGACAGACUGACUGAAUGCCUGGCUUAGUAAACUUGCACCCAACAAAUAAUUUGCUGAUUGAUUAAAUGUCAACCGUCAAGUGUAUUUACUUUUCCUACUCGUAUGGCUUGCACACGGACUGGCAUUUAUGACGCAGCGACAGACUGCCUGACAGACUGAUUAACUGCGGUACAGACAAAAUAACUGUCUGACUAAUAGAAACUGACUGAUUAGGUGACAGACAACAGACUGCCUGGGUGAUGGACUGACUGACAGCUGACAGACUGUCUGGCUGACAAAAUGACUGAUUAGCUGACAGACUGACUUUCUGACUGAUUAACUGAGUGAUUAGCUGAGAGACUGACUGUCUGGUAGACUAUCUAAUUAGCUGACAAAGUGACUGAUGAACUGACUGAUUAGCUGACAUUGACUUAUAGACUGAUUGACUGAUCAGCUGACAGAUUGACUGAUUAUCUGACAGACAGACUGAUUAGCUGACAGACUGACUGAUAGA